UCGCUAUUGGCUGAGAGAAGUUGUUUACCGCAAUUCAAAAUAGUUGAUGUAUGCGGUCGGUUACUGUGUCGAGAGGCGAGAGCUGGGUAUAUUUUCCACAUUUAUGAUCCGUAUUUCGCGUACCCGGACAUCACGAUGGUGCGAUACGCCGCCCUUAAAGGAUUGUACGAUCUGGAGAAGACGAUCGGCAGCGGCGGCUUCGCCAAAGUCAAGUUGGCGACUCAUGUCGCAACCGGUGAGAAGGUUGCCAUCAAGAUUAUGGAAAAGACGACAUUGGGCGAAGAUUUACCAAGAGUGAAGCUUGAAGUGGAGGCACUCAAAACGCUGUUGCAUCAACAUAUCUGUAGAUUGUAUCAAGUAAUAGAGACAGAGAGUCAUUAUUUCAUGGUAUUAGAAUAUUGUUCCGGUGGAGAGCUUUUUGAUCAUAUAGUUGAGAAAAAUAAAUUAUCGGAAGCUGAUUCUCGAAAGUUCUUUUGCCAGAUAGUUUCUGCUGUUGCAUAUAUGCACAAUUUGGGAUACGCUCAUAGAGAUUUAAAGCCUGAAAAUGUUUUAUUGGAUAAAGAAGAGAACUUAAAGUUAAUUGACUUUGGACUAUGUGCCAAACCUAAAAUGGGGAUGCAAGCGCAUUUAUAUACUUCUUGUGGGUCUCCCACCUAUGCAGCACCAGAACUCAUAAUGGGGAAGAAAUAUUUAGGUUCAGAAAUAGACAUUUGGAGCAUGGGAGUUCUUCUUUAUGCUUUACUAUGUGGAUUUUUGCCAUUUGAUGAUAACAAUUUAGAAAAUUUAUACAAAAAGAUACUUAGUGGCAAAUAUGAGGAACCCUACUGGCUUUCUAAUGAUACUAAAACAUUAAUCAAGUCAAUGCUACAAAUUGAUCCAAUAAAAAGAAUUACUAUUCAAGAAUUAUGUCGUCAUCCAUGGGUUACAUCAAAUUCUCUGAAGCCUAUAACAUUCAUUCACAAAACAAAAUUUGAAAAAGAUGAUGAAGUAUUGAACACUAUGUCUGCUAUUUGUGGUGAAAAUAAUGAAGAUAUAUGGAAGAAACUUAUGCAAAGUGAUAGGACUGAUUAUAGAACAGCUACGUAUCUGUUAUUGCUUGAUAGAAAAUUACGUGGACUUUCGCUAAAAAUAGCAUCUGUAACAAAAUCUCAUCUUAAGCAGGAAACGAAUGGCACUCAUGUUCCACAACAUGAAGUAGUGAUUAACAAUUUUAUAACAAAACUCGAUCAUUCUCCAAGAAGCAGAAUAAACAAAAAGCAAUCUCCAGUGAUCGAUGUUACUUACAAUGUUUUGCCUAAAAGAAAUGAUGAAGAUAACUUUACAGAACCAUGUAUACCAACACGAAAAAGAUUACGAAGCAGAGAACCUGAUGACAUAUCAUCGCCUACUCCAGCAAAAAAACCGCCUGACAAUAGAUUAGUUACUACUCCUACGCAAUGUGUAACACCAGAUUCUAGAAUUUCACAAGCAUCUACACCAGGCAGUGCAAGAAAAGUUAUAAUGGGAUUAGAACGAGGAUUGAAUCGUGUGAGAUAUGUUCUCACACCAAAGAAACGAGUGAAAAAUGAAAAUAUAGAUCCCGAGGAACCGAAUAUACUCUCAGGAAAGGGAUUAUCUAAUGUGUCUGCGACGUGCAGCGGUUGUCCAAAAUAUGUCCUCUCGAAAUUGAGAUGUGCUCUUCGACGAAAGGGUGUAAUGUGCCGUCAGAAAGGAUUUAUUCUGCAAGGGGAGACUGAAGAGUUCUUUUCAGAAAAUAAGAAAGAUUUGUCCAAGUCAAUUUCCUCGCUAAAUACCUGUUCCUUCGAGCUUGAAGUUUGCCUCUUGGAGAUUGGUCCAAAUGGAAAACGGUUAGUUGGCAUUCGUCGAAAAAGACUAAAGGGUGACGCGUGGGUCUACAAACGUGUCUGUGAAGAGAUACUUGCUCUCACAGCAGAGGACAUUUCUACGAACCCAGAAGAUUCCUUCGAGUCCAAAUAUCCUAUUUGAGAAGGGAUUUAUGGGAGAAUGUAUAUGUGCAACGCAUAGUAUAAGCCUUAAAAAUAUGCAAUUUUUAGUUUACUCACAUUUAAUUAUUACGAAGAGAGAUUAUUUUGAUAUAACAUUUAUUUCUUAGAGAUUAAAACUAGAUAUAUGACUAAAAUAUAACAGAUCUAUAAAGAUCUAUAAAAAUAUUCCUGAAGUGCGGGUUGUAAUCGUAUAAGUGGAAAUAAUGUAAUAAUAUUUAUGCGAUAAGCUAAUAAAUUUAUAAAUUACA